AGUAACCAAAUUCAGUCUGGCGAGAAAAGUGGAAGGGUUCGGAAUUUUGUGUCGCAAACGAUCGGAGCAAAUCAAAGCAAAACGAAAUCAUCACCUUCAGACAUUCAUUCAUUCUUUUGUGCGGAAAUUACGCAUCGUGUAACCAGCCUUCGGUGUUCCUGUCUAGUUGUCUCGCUAACCCUUCCAAGCUAAAUAAGCCAAAAUGAGCGACGAAUUCGAUGGAUGUGAGUGCAUUUGGAGCCAUGAGAUGGCCAUGCGUCGGUUAUUAUCGAUUCUGCGUAAUGGCCAGUCCUACUGUACGGACAACGAGUGCAUUGAUUUGCCCAAUGCACCGAACCAGGGCGUCAGUGGAAACUUCUUCAUGCUGAUGCUGUUCAUGAUUUUUGCUGUGAUAUUGUACGUGAUGCGGCCAGCAUCGCUCCGCCGGCGGAACGACCUGAACAAAGCUCUGCCGCCAUCGAAUGGGGGCCCGAACAACGAUGGUGCACCACCGGCAGUCAACUGAUAGAAUCGUCAACCAAUUACCGGAAUUUUCCGUUAUUUUCUUUCCUAACGCAAAUUUCUAACUAGGCAGUCUCGUUAACAUUCGGACAUUCGGUCCGCAAUUUUCAUUUAUCGGAAAGCUAAAUCUUGAAACGUAACAAAAAUCGGUUUUUCCGAAUUAUUGAUUGUAUUAGGUAAAACGAGGAUCGUAGGCAUAAAAUUAAAACAAAACUAAUGGAAAUUGAUAUCUAAUUGUGGAAUAUUUGUGUUUUGGUAAGUCGAUAGGUGGCUUUCGUUCUUUGCUAUUUUUGGUCUUCGCGAGUACCCCGAGUGGGUUAUUAAUUAUGCCUUUAUUCCAAUUAUUUACAAUUGAGCAUUCUUUAGCGAUUGGUGCACUUACGGAUUUUUUUAUUUUUUUUUU